AUGACAAAAGACACUAAGAGGCCUAAAUCUCCCCAAGGGACAGUGAAAGAUGCAGUAAUUUUUGCCAUUGAUGCUGGGUACCACCACUUCAAUUGUGCCUACCUGUACAAGAAUGAGAGUGAGAUCAGGGAUGCAUUACAAGAAAAAAAUGAGGAGGAUGUUGUGAGGCAAGAAGACCCCUUUAUUGUCAGUAAGUUGUGGUCCACCUUCUCUGAGAGGCCCCUGGUGCAGGAACCAAGCCAAACACUUGCUGCUCUCCAACUGGAUUAUUUGGAUCUCUACCUGAUACACUGGCCCAUGGGAUUCAAAAGAUCAGAUGAGCUAUUUCCUGCAGAUGGAAGUGGCAUGAUCAUUCCCAGCAAUACAGAUUUUCUGGGUACAUGGGAGGCUAUGGAAGACCUAGUGUAUGUGGGAAUGGUGAAGGCCACUGGAGUCUCCAACUGCAAACAGAUAGAUCAGCUCCUGAGCAAAGCAGGCUCAUGACACAAAUCUGCAGAUAAUCAGAUUGAGAGCCACCCCUCUCUUCCGCAGGAAGAGCUGAUGAAGUUUUGCCAGUGCAAACAGAUCUCUGUCACUGCAUAUUGUCCCCCUGGAGUGCCCAACUGGCCAUGGUCCAAGCCUCAGGAUACUUCCCUUUUUGAUGAUCCCCAAAUUAAGGAAACUGCACUCAAGUACAACAAAAUCCCAGCUCAGCUGCUUAUCUGGCUCCAGAUUCAAAGAAAUGUGUGUGUAAUCACCAAAUUUGUCAGUCCACGUAAUACUGAGGAAAACUUUAAACUAAGGGGUUUUGAAUUGGCUAAAGAAGAGAUGGAAACCUUCCUUGCUUUCAAGGAACAGUAUUGUAUCUGUGCAUUAAGCAAAUGCAAAAAACACAGGAACUAUCCUUUUUUGGAAGACUAA